AUCUGGUUCUGGGCCAGGGUUGUGUCAGUGUUUGGCUCCAAACACAGUAGAAGAUGAAGCUUCCAGGUUUAAUAUCAAAUAACAUGAGAAAGACUCCCUGAAGAACCGACCGACUAAACACACCUUCACCAGGCUGUAGACAUGGAUCAGAUGGAAGUGGCCGCCCUGGGUCGACCUUUCACCCUCGGGAUGUUUUAUGAUGCGAGGAUGGAUAAGCUCAUCCCAGGACUGACAUUGUGGGACAAACAAACUCUCAAAGACUUCACGACUCGCAAAUCCCAGAGCAGCAGCAGCUAUCACAUCAUGACCUCUGACACCAUCGACUCGAAAUCUUCUCUCCUGGACAUUCAAGCCGGUCUGAAGGCCAGUUUCUUGGGUGGUAUGAUCGAAGUUGGAGGUUCUGCCAAGUUUCUGAAUGACCACAAGCAAUUCAAGAACCAGAGCCGAGUUACCCUUCAGUACCACGCCACCACCCACUUCGAGCAGCUGACCAUGACCCACGACAAAGCCAUGAGCAAACUGCAAGAAAGAUUCACCGAAAAAGGUUCCGCAACUCAUGUGGUCACUGGUAUCCUGUAUGGCGCCAACGCCUUCUUUGUGUUCGACAGCCAAAACGUAAACACCAGCAGCCUUCAGGAAGUUGAGGUCGGCAUGAAAGCAAUGGUGAACUUGAUCCCAUCCUUCAGUGUUGGGGGACACGUCAGUAUGAGCCUGAACGAAAACGAACAAGCUCUGGCCAAAGACAUGUCCUGCAAGUUCUAUGGUGACUUCAUUCUUGAAACCAACCCUGCAACCUUUGAAGAUGCAGUGAAGACCUAUGUGGAGCUGCCCAAGCUGUUGGAAGCCAACGGGUCCAACUCUAUCCCCCUGAAGGUCUGGCUGACACCACUGGACAAGUUCAACCUAAAAGCAAUCAAGCUGAGGGGUGAGAUCAGCUCUGGACUCCUGUGGAAAGCCGAAAACACUCUGGAGAGUCUGAAGGAAAUCAGAAUGAGGUGCAAUGACUCCAUGGUGGAGAAAGUGGUCGGGAAACUCCCUCAACUUGAGAAAAAUUUGAGCACUUUCCAAAAACUAUGCCGUGAGUACACCAUGAGCAUUCAAGGCACCAUGGAGAAGAAGUUUCCCGCCAUCCGAGAGGGUCUAGAAGACGCUGCCGCAAUGGAAAAACUCUUGGACAACAGAGAAAAGUCCCCAUUCAGCGACGAAAACUUAAGGAAGUGGAUGGAAAAUAAAGAGCACGAAGUCACUGUCAUUCAGUCGUGCGUGGAUAUCAUCAAUGGAACCAACGUGAAGAUCGCCGCCAAUCACCUGGAGUUGGAACGAGAGGCCGUGGCUGCAGGUGUGGACCACGCCCUGUGCUUUGUCUUCACCUCAGUCCAAGAGGAUGACCCCUACCUCCACACCAUGGCCAACAACCUCAAAUGGCAGGAGGCAGAUCCGGCCAAAACCAGUCCGCUGUCACAGAACCAGUGGUACUCGUCCCAGGAAGUGAGGAGCGCAAUCAGGACAAAAGCCAAAGAGUUCGGAGAUCUGGCGAAACAGCUGCAAUCCGCCAGCAGAGUCAAGUUCCUGAUCACCGUCUUAGAGAACCCCAAAUACAAAGGAGCCACCGUCUACCACUACAAAGAAGGAAACCUGGUCAACGAGGACUUCACCAGACCGGAUCCGCCCAAGGUGACGACGGUCACCGACAGAAACGACUUCAUCUGGUAUUUCUCUGAUCUCACCCUGGACCCGAAUUCGGUUCAGUGGAGACUUCGUCUGUCCGAUGGAAACAAGACAGUGACGUGUGAAGGCGAGAAUUCGUAUCCUCAACACCCCGACAGGUUUACAGCAUUCUAUCAGGUCAUGUGCAGGGAGAAGCUUAGCGGGCGCCAUUACUGGGAGGUGGACUGGAGCAACGGCAGCGAUGACGACAUCGGCGUCGCUGUGGCGUAUAAAAGCCUGGACAGAACUGACGGCAGCCUCAUCUACGAUCCCAAGUCCUGGUCCUUCGCCCGCAGAUAUGGGUCGUACAACUACAGUCACGUUAAAGAGCAGAAACUGUCCGUUCCUUCUAAUGACCUCAGACGCAUCGGUGUGUUCCUGGACUGGCCUGCGGGGACGGUGUCCUUCUACAAAGUGACCUUCAACACCCUCACCCACCUCCACACCUUCCACGACACCUUCACUGAGCCUCUGUUCGCUGCCUUCUGGGCUUCUAAAGAGUCCAGCUACAUCACCCUCCGCCCUUUUAACUAAACGUACACUUUCAUUUGCUGUUUUUCGCUGCAGAAAAGCAUCACAGAAGUGGGCGUGGUUAAAACGGCUGGAGUUUAGACCGGUGCUGAUUCAGAUUUAGAUGGUUUUUAGCUCAUCUGAUGAUAGGACAUGAGCUGAUGUAGAGGCGCCGUCUUCCUCACCGUCUUCAUAACCGUCUUCGUAACCGUCUUCAUAACCAUCUUCCUCACUGUCUUCGUAACCGUCUUCCUCACCAUCUUCAAAACAUUUUCAUAACCGUCU